UCCUCUGUGCAUGGGAAAGUGGGUUAGUGAAGGAGUCCUGUGUAAGAUUCAGAUCCAGGCUCAGCAGCCUCAGCAAUAGCAGCACCCGGGCUCUGCUCCCCACCACCCUGGGAUUGGCUGUGCUCCUGUGCAUUGGGUGCUGAAGGCAGGGGGCCAUAGGGCACUGGAGCAAUGGAAAACUGCUGGGAGAUGUUUUUGUAGAAAUCCUGGAAUUGGAUGAAACAGUGGGAAUUAAAAGACUUCUCUUCAUGGUUGAUCAUUUGUCCUGGACCAUUUUAACCUCUUUGUGUGUGUGAAGUUUUUUGGGGUUUUUGUUUUUUUUUUUGGUGCAAGUUUCUAGUUUUUUUUAAGGGUAUUUUUUUUUCCACGUUUUUAUCGGUUGGUUUUGAUUUGAAAUUUGAACCAUGGUUGGGAGAUCUCAAGCAGACAGGAAUCAGCUGCCCCUAUUUCUUCUCAGACUGCUCUGCCUUCUUCCCACAGGGCUGCCGGUACGCAGCGGGGAUUUUAACCGGAGCACCGACAACAUCACCGUCCGGCAAGGGGAUACAGCCAUUCUCAGAUGUUUUGUGGAAGACAGGAGCUCCAAAGUGGCUUGGCUGAACCGUUCUGGUAUCAUAUUUGCUGGAGAUGACAAAUGGUCCCUUGACCCAAGGGUAGAGCUGGAAAAGAGAAGCCUGCUUGAGUACAGCCUCCGCAUUCAGAAAGUUGACGUCUUUGAUGAGGUGCCCUACACUUGUUCUGUGCAGACAAAGCAGCACACGAAGACAACACAGGUGUAUCUUAUCGUGCAAGUUCCGCCAAAGAUCUCCAAUAUUUCUGAAGAUAUCACUGUGAACGAGGGCAGCAAUGUGACACUGAUGUGCAUUGCCUACGGACGCCCAGAGCCUAUGAUUACCUGGAGACAUCUCACCCCAACAGCCAGAGAUUUUGAAGGGGAGGAAGAAUUUCUGGAGAUUCAGGGGAUCACCAGAGAGCAGUCUGGGAGAUACGAGUGCAAAGCCGCCAACGAGGUAGCAUCGGCUGAUGUGAAGCAGGUCCGCGUCACUGUGAACUAUCCCCCCAUCAUUACCGUAUCUAAUAGCAACGAAGCGACAACUGGCAAGCAAGCCAUCCUCCGAUGCGAGGCUUCCGCUGUCCCCACACCUGAUUUUGAAUGGUACAAAGAUGAUGCAAGGUCUCGCAGAAUAAACAGUGCCCAGGGCCUGGAGAUACGCAACACUGGAAGCCGUUCCAUUCUUAUGGUGGCCAACGUGACUGAGGAGCACUACGGGAACUACACCUGCGUGGCUGCUAACAAGCUUGGGAUCACCAACACAAGUCUAUAUCUCUACAAGCGCGUCUCGCCCACAAAACCCAUGUCCUCCUCAGAGAGAGGCAGUAACGUGCAUUACAAGUUUAAAGGACCCGGGACGCCGAUAGACAAUGCUACAAGCUUGGCUGCAUCUCUUUGGCUAAUGGCAAACCUCCUCUUCUGCCUAUUCUGCACAUGUUAAUAUAAUAAAUAUAUACAAGAAAAUAAAAAGAAAACACAAAAAAAGUAAUAUGGGAGAGAGAAGGAGAGAGAGAGAGACCAAACUGUUUCCUUCAAUAAAGUGUCACAAAAUGGGGAAAAUAAAAAAAUAACAAUAUUUGAAGAAAUUGUUUCAUUCAACGAGGAAUCGGCUCAAGGCACGAGAAGAAAGGACUGAAUUCUGUUUGAAGAAACACAAAAAUGCUGAGAACAUUGAAAAGCUGUAAAAAAAUCUGUUUUGUUUUUUCCCUUGUCUAUUUUUUUUUCUUCCUCUUGAUUCUCAUAAUAGUCUUAACGUUGUCGUUCCAAGACUCUCUCUCGCUCGUUCCUAAUGGACUCAAUGCUAACCCUGGUUUCUGGUGUCCCUUUGCCCCGUGGUGUAGGAGAAGGGUCAGUAGACCACCCAUUUGCUAGCUAUGGUACAUUGGGGGCAUUUCCUCUUCAAUGGGUAAAGUAAUUGUCGAAACUGGAGGACGUCCUAGCAACCAUAGCACAUUUUUUCCCCCUUACAGAUUCUAAAAUUUUUUGUUGAAAUUGGGUCUUUUAUUGACUGAAAACCAGUCUGAGUUCAGAUAACGUUGGGUAUCACAUCUGUAACUAACGUCCUUCCAGUUAGCUUUCCACCGUGUGACACUUACUUUUGCUCCUGCGUCUAGAGGUUAUUUUCUACUUCAAACCUUUUGCCCCUCCCCAGCACAUUUACAGCACAUGGCCUUUAGCUUGUAUGAGGUCUUAUGAUGUCAUAAUGGGAUUCACACCACUUAACAUGCUUGAUCUAUGUAUUUUAGAGAAAGAAAGGCAAUUUGCUAUGUAUCAUAAACAAAAAAUAACACCAGCACACCCAGGGUAAAGCGAGGGGCAAAGGGAUCAAAAGGUUUCUGGGCUCAAACUUUUACAGGGAUUGCUUUUUUUGUCUGCUUUGGUGUGCGCGUGAGUGUGUGCAAAGCUUGCUGUAGGGACUAACACAUAUCACAACCAACAGGGUUUUGUUCAUGCUGCAACCAUUUUUGCAUGAAACAGUGGCAAACACUGUAAUAGGCACUAAGUGACCAAUCACAAAAAUAGCCAUAAGAAACUUAGUCACAUGAUUUCCAUUAAAUCACUCCAAUCAAAGUCCUCAUUGGGCAAACCAUAAUUUCUUACCUAUGAGUUGGCUUAAUGAAUCUGACUGUCCGAGAUUUUCCAUUUUAAAUCAAACCAGAUGAUGGCCUUCUACAAGAAUCCUAGUUGGCCAGUUUGGUAUGAGCACUACUGAGGGUUUCUAAAGUUAACCUCAGCAUGCCAUGGUUUUAGGAUAUCCCUACAGGAACACUGAUGCAUCACACCAAAACUCAGAUUGAGAUACCUACAGUAUCAAUCUACCUAUGGCCUUGUAUGAAUCUCCUUGAUGCAUAGUUUGAGUAUGUGGAAACCACUAAUUGAGGGUAUAAGAUACAAGUAUAUACAGUAGAGUGGAUAAGGUAUUAUGUCUUAUUGUGGUGUUUAUUAUACAAUAAUUACUGCAUAGACCUUCACCUAUUCUUAAUAUUGUUCCUCUAACUGUAGUAUAGUAUUAGGAAUACAAAGAGGAGAUGUGCAUGGCUGUUAUGUUCUGAGUUUGAGUCAAUCAAAAUUGAGUUACCAUUGGGUUGGAAGGUCCCAGGACUUAAGACCUGACACAACUGAACCUUCUCUCGAAGGAAACAACUGUAUCAGCAGGAUUUCAACCUCAUUUGACUUGCUUUUCUAUGGUCUAUGAUGUGUGAUUAGGUAAUAGCCCUCCAUUAAAGUAGUUAUUUAUGUAUAUUAUAAAUAAUCUCAAGAACUAAAUUUGUGCUAUACCUCUAAAGACAACUCUUCUGCUUUCUUUUUCUUUAUCUCCUGAAGCAAGAAUCAAUAUAUUUCUCAAAAAAAUCAAUGAUCUCUGGUGUCCCUCAAGGAUCUUGGAGACCCACCAACUAAAGACACCACCCCAGAGAGCAUUCUCCAUGUGUAUACUCUGUGGUGCAUGAUCCAAACAUUUAUAGAUGCAGCCAACAUUAUCCCAAAAGGAGAUCAUGCUAUCAUAAUCUAUUUUGUUCUGCCUGCAGAGAUAAUGUAUUGGGAUAGCUUGAGAUACCCCUUGGCAUAACGUUGGCUGUACAACGUGUUUCUUUUCCUUUCUUCUUCUUUUUUUUGGAAUGUUUGAUAUUUGAAUUGUUCCAGUUAUCAUAAUACAUUAAACUCAUUUUUGUGCAUCA